AUGGAACCUUCCGAAGUUCCAAGAAACAGAUACUGGGGACUGCAUCCUCCCCCUGCUCCUUUCGAAGAUGUUGUAGAUAAUGGGUUGAUGGGGAUCCAGAGAGCCAUUUUUCUUAGAAAGGCGGGAAUGGACACUCCGGUUGAUGAAGAGUACCUCGAGGCAUCACGUGAGAAGGACUUGAGUCACCCAGUCAGGGAGGGAAUAGACACGCUUCUAAUGCUUCUGUACAGAGCAUUAAAACGUGUUGAUGAUAUGGGGAAUCUUGCAUCUUCUGAUAAAAACUGUGUCAUGAAUUACAAUGCAUUGAAAAACAGAGAACUUGUUGUCACAAGGCUGCUUAAGGGACGACUUUACAACUUGCGUGGGCGGUGCAGGAGGAGUUGGAGACUCUUUUAA